UUUUGUUUUUAUACAACAUCAUUACAUGAUAAAAAGUUAAUUUGUCCCACAUAUUGACUUCUUUUAAUACAAUAUCAUCACAUGAUAAAGUUGUUCCCAUUAAGAAUGGUUUAUUGUCUGUGCUUGCUUGUUGCUUCCAUGAUUUAAUAGGUAUCUCCGUUAUGUCCUCCAAAAUGGGCCGUGGAAAAAUUUUGAUAACCCAAGCCCAAUUUACAGAUCAUAUCUAAUGAAAAAGCUGCCCAAGCCCAAUAUUCAAAAGAAUUUUUUUUUCUCUAAGAUAAAUUUAUUUUCGUAUGGUCCACCAAUUUGAAGCUUGUGGCACUGAUAUGAUGAACAAAAACCUGACCACACACAUUCAUGAAACAACAUUAUGUUCAUAUGCUUUGUUUCAUAUUAAGUCCCAAAUAUCAUAUUUCAUAAAAUUAUUCCUAAAAAAAAUGAGUUAUCAUACUAAUUUCUCCCUAAAACCUCAAAAUCCAUGCACAAAACUUCCUACUAAAAAACCACCAACAUUAUUAUUAAUCUCAUCAUAUUAUUUGUCACAACCUAAACUACAUAAAACUCAUGUUGUAGCUCUAUCUUCAUCCACCCAAAAAACCCAAGAAAAUAAUCAGAAACUAAGCUCACCAAAUUCUUAUAAUGUUGAAUUUAAGACAAAGGGAGGUUGUAAGCUUGGAAUAGCAAGAUAUCCUGAUUUUGAGUAUGAUGCUGAAGGUGGGUUUGGGAGUGGAAGUGGUAAAAAUGAGUCAAAUGGUAAAAUUUUGGUAGAAUUUGAUGUUGAUAAGCUUUAUAUUCCACCAUUAACAAGUGGGACUACUAAGUUUUUGGGGUUGCCUUUGCCACCUUUUUUGAGGAUUGAUAUUGUGCCUGAGAUUUUCAAGGGAUGCAUUGAUCAAGAGUCUGGCAGGGUUGAUCUUGAAUUCAAGGCCAAAUUCUGGUUUUCAAUGGGGACAAUCUACAAAGCACCACCAUUACUGGUUUCGACGAACUUGACAUCUGAAGAAUCACAAGGAAAAUUGAGAAAAGGGAGAGGGCAAAGAAUGGAGAAAAAUGGAAACUGCAUGUUGGUAGGGGUGGCAACAGUGGAUCCUAUUGAUGAUCUCUUCAUGAAUACCUUUCUUGGCCUUCCUACUGAAUGCCUUGCCGUUAUGAACGCCACCAUCUCUUUAUAAUACUUCUACUUAUAUGGCUUAGCUUCAUAUUCCCAGCUCG